GAAUCCAGUGUCCAUUUCAAGAAGCACAUCUUUCCUUUUUUCUCUCUCAAAAGUUCCGUAGUUGAAGCUUAUUUUUCCCUUCAGGCGCUUUUUUUCUUAAUUUGCAGAAGCCUGUGAGCAAAAGCACAUCUCUGCUUGAAUGGUUGAUACCAUCAAAAGUUUGAUGCCCACUGUUCUUUACUACUCGUUUCUCCUCUCCUUUGGCUCUGUUAAAGAAGCCUGGUACUAUCGUUGUAUUGGCCUUGACCCUUGAGAUAGAUUUUCAUAUAAAACUAUCCCGUUGUCUUCCUUGUGUCCAAUAACUGCAGUGUUAUUGAUAGAUUUAAAUGGAGAGAAAGUUGAUGAAAUCAUUUUCUGAGAAGAUAUGCAUGCAGAAGGCAAUAAAGAAAGGGGAGGAGAAUAAGAAGGUGAAGAAUAAUAGUACUAGGUUGUUGAUUACAGUAAAUGUGUUGGGAAGUGCUGGGCCGUUAAGGUUUGUAGUGAGUGAGAAUGAUAAGGUUGCUGUGGUCGUUAACACUGCUCUCAAACAAUAUGCUCGUGAGGGCCGACUUCCGAUUCUGAGUUCUAACGUCAACGAUUUCUUUCUUUACACAACCAAUGCUGGAAUUGAUGCUCUGGGACCAUUGGACUCGAUAGGAUUAGUAGGAGUGAGAAAUUUCAUCCUUUGCAAGAAGCAAAAACAGCCACUGAUGACAGAAGGAAGGGCAAAUGGGAUUGCUCAGAAU